AGAGAAGGAUGGAUACCAUCAAAUCCUUCAAGGGUUACGGUAAGGUGGACGCGAUCGAGGAUCAAGCGUUCCGCCGUAAGACCCGCAAGCGUAUGAUCAUCGUUGCCGUCUCCGUCAUAGUCUUGCUCAGUGUCAUCAUUGCAGCCAUCGUUGGUGUCGCUGUACACAAUACCAAUCAGGAUGACGGGAAGGCGACCUCGUCAUCCCCCAUGAACCUCGCCAAUUCCAUCAAAGCCGUGUGCAGCGUCACCCAGUACCCCAAUUCCUGCUUCUCUUCCCUCUCUUCGCUGGAGACCAAGGCAGCCACCAACAAGGCAGCAGAUCCAGAGGAACUGUUCAAGCUGUCCAUGGAAGCCGCGGUGAACGAGCUCUCGAAGCUGUCGACGUUACCGGACAAACUCAUAGCCAGGACCAAUGACGUCCGAGACAAGGCGGCGCUCCUCGAUUGCCAGAGCCUCUACCAAGAAGCCAUCGACCAGCUCAACACCUCCAUCUCUUCAAUGCAAUUAGAUGGAAAUGGGCAGUUGCUGUCGGCGUCGAAGAUCGACGAUAUGAAAACGUGGCUGAGCGCGUCUCUGACAGACUUACAGACGUGCUUAGACGGUCUGGAGGAGACCAACUCGACGGCAUUGGAGGAGGUGAGGAAGGCGAUGCAGAAUCCCACGGAACUCACCAGCAACAGCCUCGCUAUUGUCUCUAAGAUCUUAGCUCUUCUCCAAGACUUCGACCUACCCAUCCACCGCCGGCGACGGAAACUUCUCGGAUUUGGAUUCGAAUUCCCAGAGUGGGUCGGGCCCGCCGACCGCAAGCUACUUCAUCAAGAACAGAACGGGGGGACCACCAAAGCCAACGUAACGGUAGCCAAUGACGGGACAGGGAAUUUCAGUACCAUAACGGAAGCAGUGGCAACCAUUCCCAAGAAGAGUGAAACGAGAUUCCUGAUCUACGUCAAGCAAGGGGUGUACGAGGAGAACGUAGUACUUGACAAGUCCACAUGGAACGUCAUGAUGUACGGUGAUGGAAAGGCUAAGACAAUCAUCUCCGGUAACCUCAGCUUUGUCGGGGGGACCCCCACUUUCGCCACCGCAACUUUCGCUGUGGUCGGGAAGGGGUUCUUUAUGAAGGACAUUGGAAUUCGGAACACGGCCGGGGCGGAAAACCACCAGGCCGUCGCCCUGAGAUCGGGUUCGGACUUGUCGGUGUUCUACAGGUGUUCCUUUGACGGGUUCCAGGACACCCUCUACGCCCACUCCAACCGUCAGUUCUACAGAGACUGCGACAUCACCGGGACCAUUGACUUCAUCUUCGGCAACGCCGCCGUAGUCUUCCAGAAGUGCAACAUCCAGCCCAGGCAACCCAUGGCGAACCAGUUCAACACAAUCACGGCCCAGGGCAAGACUGACCAAAACCAGAACACAGGCAUCUCCAUCCAGCGGUGUAACAUCUACGCCCUAGACAACGUCACAGCCACCACCUACUUGGGGCGCCCCUGGAAGAAUUACUCCACCACCGUCAUCAUGCAGUCUGAUAUCGCCGCCGUCGUAGACCCUACCGGAUGGACCCCUUGGAUCCCCAACACCCUACCUCUCUCCACCAUCUACUACGCGGAGUAUUCCAACACAGGGCCCGGUUCGACCCUGGACAAGCGAGUUAAAUGGGAGGGCUACAAGUCCAACAUCACAUACGAACAGGCUUCCAAGUUCACCGUCACUUCCUUCAUCCAUGGCUCCGACUGGUUGCCCCAAACCACCGUCGCUUAUGAUGGCUCCUUACAAUAAAUGAAGGACACGCAAAAAUCC